AUGAUCACCUGUACAGCAAUCGGAAUCCUCGUCGGCGACAAUCGACUGGCAUGGAGUGACCCCAUUCGCAACCACCUUCCUACGUUUGACCCACUCGGAGAUCCAACCAUCGGGGAAAAGGCAACCAUCAUCGACCUAUGCCGGCACUCUCCCGGUCUUGGUGAUGCCUCCACAAUUAUUGCUGGACCUGGAGGCAUGAUCUCCAACAAGACAGAGGACCAUAUCUCCCUCGUCAAUGCUCUUCCUACCGCGAACGACUCCGGUCAAAGAUUCCAAAAGGACUGGUGGUACAGCAACGUUGCUUUCGGAUUGCUGGCACAAAUAAUCGAAAAGGUCUCUGGGAUGCCACUCUCUGAGUUCUUACAGAAGCGCAUCUUUCAGCCGCUGCGAAUGUCCCACACGAAUGUCAUGGAAAGCGUGUCAGAAGCCAACGCAAAUAUCGCCUUUCCCUACGUUCGUCUGUCUGAUGGUAGAUGGUCUAAGGUAGCAACCAACAUGGCGGCUCAAGCUCACGGGCCAGUACUUGCCAGUAUUGCAAUGCGCAGCUCAGUAAACGAUAUGCUUGCUUUCAUGGCGGCUGUCAUGAGCCAGUUCGAUGAGGAGCGCGGACUGGACACCCUGCAGCCCCUUGUCAAUUCCAGAUCGACAAAUCCGUUGCAGCAGAUAGGACCCAUGUGGAACUACUGGUGGACACGGCCAGUAGAUGACGGCUUUGAGAACAACUCUGCUUACACCCUGGGCUGGUACCGUACCACGAUGCCCACUGCUGCCCUGGGCAUUUGCUCCUACAACCGAUCUGGAGAUCUACAGAGGACUUACCUUCAUGCGAGUAAAAUUCUCGGCAAAGACUCUACCAAACACACUCUGUAUGGCGAUAAUGGUAAUUCCAACGGCUUUGUCGCGACAGCUUACGUUUUCCCCGACGAUCGCACCGCUAUCGUUGCUCUGAGCAAUGCUGCCAGUGCGGGAGACGCAGCAGAAACAGCAUCUCGCAUCAUGUUGCAGGCUCUGUUUAACCUGAAGCCACGAGUCAGUUCACUUCAGCCGUUGCGAGACUCUCGAGACCGCUGCCUCCGGAGCCAUGCAUCCAUGAUAGGCGACUGGGGGCGGGGCCGUGAUACAUCGCGUUUCACUGGCGCUUUGAAAGACUUCAUAGGGACAUACGUCGGCCUGAAUACAGUACGCAUCAGCAUCUUGGCUACUCAGAGCGAUGACAGUAGCAACGAGCCCGCCCAGUUGGCUGUACAAUUUGGUGACAAUCCUGCCUCGCAAUGUGCUCUGGAGCCCUACAAUGCAGAUAUGUUGAGCUUUCUACCUCUGGAUCUGGAAACAUUGCUUUCUCGAGGUAUGCUUGCUUGGCAUCAUUACAAAAUGGGCAUCCUUGAAUUUGUCAGAGACGAAGAUAAAGGAACAGUAGCUGGAUUUGGGUGGCAAUGGGACUCAUACGAGCAGCCGUCGUUGUGGGUGAGAGACCAGGCGGGCAUGAGUCCAUAG